AUCAAGAUUUGCAUGCGGCUAGUAAGUGUUACGAUUUCAAUUAUAAAAUGUAUAUUUAUUUACAAUUAUUAAUUGUCUUCUUAUUUUUGAAGGAUAUUUUUUAAAUCCUCAAUUCCAAUAUGGUGUUAUCUCAUCCAAUGAAAUGAUAAGAGAAGUGAUGGAUGGACUUAAAAAAGUAAUUACCAGACUGGAGCCUAAUAUGGAUGCUCAAGUGAAAGCAACAAAUCAAGUACGUACCAAUUAUUUAAAUUUUAAUAGUAAUAAUCUACUUUUGCAAAUGUUACUUGUAAUGAUUGUCCAAAUUGUAGUUGUUGCUGUUUCGAGAUAAACAGGAAACUUUUGGUACUCCUUUAGUACAAAGAGCAUGGAAACAAUCAAAUCCAGUUGAGUGGUGGAUUAUUCAUGGCAGUUGUGCUCCUGAACUUCAAAAAAUAGCUGUGAAAGUAUUAAGUCAAACCACCACAUCAUCUCACUGUGAACGUAAUUGGAGUACUUUUAGUCUCAACCAUACGAAGACGAGGAAUAGAUUGAAAUAUAAGAAAAUUCAAAGAUUAGUUUUCAUCACCUACAACAUGAGAUUAAAAUUGAGACACGUUAAAAGAAGCAGCCAAGAGGAGAUUGAUAGGAGUUUUAAUCCUAUUAACUUGGAUUACAUAUUUGAAGAAGAUGAUCCAAUAAGUCCAUGGAUAGAAGAAAGGGAAAAUCUUUUACUAGAUGGUGUGGAUAAUUCUGAAUGGCUAGAUUUGGUCUCAGAUGAUGGUGGUGGUGGUGGCAAUGACAGCAAUGGCGAUGGCGGCAAUGGCAGCGAUGGAAACAAUGGUGGUGGCACCCAUAGAUAUCAAGCUCGACGCACUUCUCAAAGCUCAACUCCUGCUCCAACUCAAAGUGAUAAUAGUGGUGGUUUAACACCAUCUGAUGGAGGAGGUGAUGAUGGUGAUGGUGAAGGCACUUCUCACGGUGAUGGUGGUGGUGGUGGCGGUGACAAUGGUGGUGAUGGCGGUGAUGGUACUAGUUUUGGUGCAGGAAGUGAAAAUUUUAUUGGAGGAUUUGGAUUAUGUGAUGUUGGGGAACAUUAUGAUAUUGGAGAACCUGUUGCACCUUUACCCCAACUACCUAGGAGGUCAGAAAAUACCAUCGCAAAUGCUCUCAUUUUUUGA